ACGUUUAGUCUGUGCUCACCGGGUAAACAAUCACAAAUAUUGGUAGUAAAAUGCGCACAUGUCCACAGAUAAUUAGUGUUUAAACAAUAAUAAACAAGAGUUUCCAAUGGAGGAGAUACUGAAGGAUUACCUGCAUGUUCAAGACCUGGUCAAAAACAAUGAUCAACUCUCCAAUUUGAUUGAAAACCUUUUUGAAGAGAGUUCCAGUGCAGUUGUUAUGCUAGAAGACAUCACAAAACAUCUACCAUAUCCAACAUUUUUAGUUCAUACCUGGAGGAAUGUAAACAACAACUUGGAAUCUCACUCAACACACUCCAAAGUUUUGGACAACAUGGAAAUUAAUGACAAGUGUUUUUAUGGUUGCUUGUAUGCAACAAUGAUGAUGGAGGAUGAGAGGAUGCCUGAAGAUUCACCUGUGUUAAUUUCUCUAAUCACUUGUCUCAGAGUUGGCAUGCUAAGAGGUAGUGAAGAAUUCACUAAAGCAGAAUGUCUUAAAGUACUUUUGGUUGGUCUAAAAAGAAUCCACACUCGAGAUUUAGUUGGAUGGCAUGUGAGUUCAGAGUUAAUGUAUGAUUGCUUGCUAGCAAUCAAAAUCAUGACCAUGGAUGCUACUUUGAUUAAUAGUUUCAUCAACAUGUUGAUGAUUUAUGCAGGCAAACAUUUUAAUAUGGUUAAUAAUUUAUCAUUAGCAGAUAAUAAAAGUCCAUGUGGAUUGCUUGCAUUUGCUUGUUUAGCAAAUUUGUUUGUGAAGAACUGUGAGGAUAAGCAAACAAUAAUGGAAACAAUGUUGGAAAAUAUUGAGCACAUCAUGGAGGACAACUCUGGCCUGAAUGCAUUCCAAGUUAGUGUGAAACAAUCCAACUUCAGGGUGAUGAUUAGACAGGUUGGUAGUGCACUUACUAGCUACACAGAUCACAUUCUUUUUGCAAUGCUUCGCGUAGCAGAGCGUCAUCCAAAGUCAAAAUCUCUGCUGUUUAUCAUCAAUCAACUGCCAUAUGCUUUGUUUUACCAAUUUGCGAAUGUCGUCGUUAAGCUAAGCACACGAACUUACUACCAACAAAUGCAAAUGUUCAGUUUCAAUAUGCUUGAAAGUCCUUACAUCACCGAAGAAGAUGAGCAAUCGACGAGUUUGGAUCGUCUCUAUCAACAAAUAUCCGAAUCGAUUGUGUGGCCGCUUCAGAAGUUUGAACAUCAACCAGUUCUGGAAACCAUUAAACUUAUAUAUGCAAUGCUACAAAUACAAAAUGAAAUGGUCAGAAGUAUAAUCUUCAGGAUGACGCAAAACUCUCCUAUAAUGAAAGAUCUGAUGACUUAUAUUAAUCAGUUUUGUAAUAAUGACUGGAAACAGGAACACAAAGUGAUGAAUCAGUAUUACAUUUCUGUGUAUUGCCGACUGUUGAUUUUAAAUAAGGAUACUGUUUACAAUCCACAGUUUAGGCAAUUCACGUUGCUUUUAAUGCAAUCAAACCCGCAUGAUUUAUAUACGUGUUUGAAAGAUUUGAAAGCAUUAACUACAUCAGAAACAUUCCAAAUGAAAGAAGUGCAAGUCGUUAUGGUUAAUUCUCUUGCAAGAAUUACAAAAGCGAUGACUCCACAGAGUAUACAUUUUCUACGGUUGUUACAUGAAAUUAUUUUUGGUGAUGUAAGGAUUGGCAACGAUUGUUAUAAUUUACUCACUUUAAAAACUCCACAAUGUGAUUUGGUAUUAAAGAAUAUGGUAAAAAGUAGGCUUAUAACGUUGAGGGACAUCGAGAAUCUAAGUGUGCUAUGUAAACAUUUAAGAGGAUGGCGACUGAUGUCUGAUUUAGCAAUACACAUGGAUUUUGCACUCUCGAAACAUAUUCAAUACUUUACCGAGCAUCUACAUGAGAUGCGGGAGAGAAUAUUAAAAGACUCUACAAUUUUGCACAUAACAAGAUUUUUCACCGAAAUUCUCGAUAGGAAGGGUAGAAGUUGUCCGAAGAACGAAAAAGAAAUGUUGAUGCGUUUCUCAGUGUUCCUCGAGGGCAGUCUUAUUAAUCGUUCGGUGCCAAUCAGCGCUUUACCUUUAGCUUUACUCACGAUACGAAAAUAUCACACAUUUUAUAAUUCGCCAUUGGCUCGUUUACAAGCGAUGAACGCAGAAGUUGAAGAGAAAACGGCUACAGCUUUCAAAGAAAUUCUCCGCGAGCAUGGCAAUUUCAACAAAGUUGCAAUACUCACCAGAGAUAUAAGUUACUUUGGUGAAAUCCAAAUGGUUUUUGGUGACUUACCAUCAUUCAAACCUCAGGAAGACACCAAACUUGCCGUAGAAAACGGCAUAAUGUACCUGCCGAACAUAAAACGAGAAUUUACUCCCUUAGCAUGUGUAAUGUUGAAGUGCAUGACUAAAGUUGCAAUACGACAGGACGACUUACUCGCAAGCUGUGUCAGUUCUUUGACCCAGUUACUCAAAUUCGAACAACCUAAAGUGAAAGAAAUUGCUUUAGAUUGCCUGUACGACAUUGCCUUAUUCCGUACUUCUAGUUAUGAAAUGUUGAUUCCCCAUGUUUAUGACCUAAUGACGACACGCAAUCCAUUAGAUGCGGUGUCUGCUUUAAACAUGUAUGAAAAACUAUUCGCAAAGGAACACACCAUUCCCAACGAUUGGCAAACUUUUGUGAUUGCGCUCGCUAUUGGGAACGAGGAUGUCGUCAAGUUGAUAGAUCCACCUACAAUGGAAUUAUUCAUGGAGAAACUCAACCCUUACUUUGAAACUUAUUUCAUUCAUAUCAUGUUCUAUUGCAAUGAUAUUUGUGAUAAUGAUGAUCACGUUUUACUGCCUGAAUACAGGACGAAGAUCAUGCCUGAGAAAUUAAGUUCUGAACAGAGGCAUCACUUAUAUUGUAAAUUAAUUAAAUAUUUCCGACCGGUGUGUCGCGCGAAAAUUUUGAAUUAUAUUUACAAGCAACUGGCUCAUAAGUAUUUACGUCCGGGUGAACUAGAAUCAAUGUUGGAGGAUAUUCUAGUAGUAACUUAUGAAACCCUAAAAGGUGUAGAUUAUCCGGAAUUGAGUCGUUUUCACUACGAAAAGAGUUUGGCAAUGAUAAAGAAGCUAGAAGCUUACACAUCGAAGAAAAUGGGUAACGGAAGCAAUGCGGAUGAGAUUAUUAUCUCGAUUAUCAUGAAACUUACUAAGUUAUUGUAUAAUUUGGAGGAAAAUUAUCCGCAAUUGACAUUGAAGUUGUUCCAUGUUGUAUUUGCUGUAAUAGACUGGAAUUAUUCAAGUAUUUUUAAUGCGAUUGUGGACGAAGGAAUGAAUGGAAAAGUGCGGAAAAGGAUUAUAAAGUUAUUGCCGAUUUAUGCGAAUUACAGUCAUUUGUUUCAUUUUUGUGAUGUGUUGCCUGGAAUAGGGUUUCAGGCAAAUCCAAUACAAUCUAACUGUAAUCGUAUUUAACCAAAAUAAAGCGGUAAAGAGUAGCUGUUUCAAGAAGCGUUCUGAAACAAUGGUGUGGAAAACGCCCAGUA